AACCAAUAUUCUCUCUCUCUCUUCCCCCCUUUUCUCUCCCUUCUCUCCUGCUUCUGCCCCUUUCUCCGGCACUCCGUUUGGUUUAGCUCGGAAGCCUUUGAGCUUCCGAGAUUUUGAUGCUUGAGUCGUCAGGCUUCUCGACCGCUCAAGCAUGCUGGAGCCGCCUUGUGCUCCCUCCUCCGAUGACCAUUCCGGAUUUGUCGGCUUUUGGGUCCCUUUUCGGUGACCUCUUUUGGCGACCCUCGGUUCUUUCCUAUAGAUCUUGGGAGGUGCUCGCUGAUUUUUCAGAUCUGGCCACCGCCGAAUUGGAUCUCUGCCGCGACAUCCUGGAGAUCUCGCGCCAUCCUCUCCGAAGUAGAUUGAAGGGUGUCCCCUGGAUCGGUCGACCUCAAGUUGCUCGAGUGAUUUCACCUCCCUUCCUCCCAUGCAUCGGGCCUACUCUGCUUUACUUCUUCAGUUUGUUCUUUUCUUUGUCUGUUACCCUUAUCCUUUUGGAUAAGGACUGAUUGUAGAUGCCGUAUGGCAGUUUCCUAAUGCAUUGCUAAUCCUUGUUUCUCAAAAUAAAAAAAAAAAUAGAGGUUGGUAUUUU